AUGGUUGAUUCUUUAUUAAUUAAUCAAGAGAAAUUUCUUCAUCGUCUUCGUAACCUAUAUACAGCAUCAUCGUCUUCACCUUACGAAUAUUCAUUUGAUCAAGCUUUAACCGAUUCUUUAUUUAACUCGAUGGAUCCUAGACCAUUAGCUCUUUACAUAUAUGAUGAACAAAGUCCCGCUACAGACACCUUUAAUGAACUUGUAUUAUAUUCAGAAUCAAUUAAUGCCUAUCUUGCUGAACAAUUUGUUUUAUGGAUAUGGAGUUUAACAAAAGAAAAUUAUUAUGAGCUUUUGACUAUAGUUGCAACACAUGCAGGUGAAGAAGUCGCAGCAGUAAUUGAUUCGUUACCGACUGAAGUUUAUCCGUUGCUUAUCUGUCUGAUACUCCAUAAAGGCAAAAUAAAAGUUCAAAGCGUUAUUCAGGGAACAAUGUUAGAUAGUGAAGCAUGUAAUCUUCUUCUCCAAGCUCGGACUGCAUUUGGUGCUCAAUUUGAAUUACCAGAUACAAGUGGUUUAAACUUGAGAAAUAUUUCAACAGAAAAUUGGUCAAUACCAAAAUGUACUUUGAUACAAGUGCCAAAAGACUCAGAUGAAUUUCGAAGAGUAGCUGAUGACUUCGAUGCUGGAGCAUCAUCGAUUGUUUGUAUUCAUCGAAUUGAAAACACAAUAUGGUUAUUUCAAUAUCUCAAUCAGAAACAAGUGGUUGAUGCUCGGCUUGGAUAUAAUAACACGGAAAAACUAUUAUUUCAUGGUUGUCCAUAUGGAGCAGCUAAACAUAUUUUACAACAAGCAUUUGACCAUUCACGUAUUGGAAAACAUGGUACUUCUUAUGGUCAUGGAUUUUAUUUCUCAUCGAGUCGACAAUAUAGUGAUGGAUAUGCUGUACCAAAUCCUUCUACUGGUGAAAAAAGAAUACUCAUGUGUCGUGUACUUGUUGGUCGAAGUUGUGUAGGUAACUCAACAAUGAUAACAUGUCCAUCAGACUAUGAUUCGACAACAGAUGGAUCAAAUAUUUAUGUUGUUUAUUCUAAUCGACAUAUCUUACCAGAAUAUCUCAUUACGUAUAAAUAA